GCGGGGAGGGGCCGGCCCGCCCUCCGCCCGCCCGCCUGAGAGUGAGCGGCGCCGGGGCCGCCCCGCCAGCCCGCCGUUCCCCGGCCGCCGUCCGGGCGCGCGCAGCGAGCGGGCGCGACUAUGCCAAGAUGGUCCUGCAGGCGCGGAACAAGCACCGGGAGGCGGCCCCCAAGCCGCCCCAGCCACCCCGUGCCUCGCAGUCGCCGCUGAGGGGGUCGCCAGAUGUCGGCGCCGGGGAGCCCGGGCCCGAGCGCGCGCCCCCGUCCCCUCGGCGCAAGGGCGCCGCGGGCAGAAAGGGGCCCCGCGCCGAGCCCGCCCCGCCGCUCGCCGGGGGCGGCCUCGGGGGGCGCUUGGCGGCCGGGCUGCGCGGGGCGCUGGGCCUGCGGCUCUCGGGGCGCGGCCGGACCUGGACCACGCUCCUGCUAGCUGCCUUUGCAGCAGUGUUGCACUGGAGCCAUAUCACACACCUCUUUGAAAAUGAUCGUCAUUUUUCUCACCUCUCAACAUUGGAAAGGGAGAUGGCUUUUCGCACUGAAAUGGGACUGUAUUAUUCCUACUUUAAGACUAUUGUGGAAGCACCCUCGUUUUUGGAUGGAGUAUGGAUGAUUAUGAAUGAUAAGCUGACUGAAUAUCCCCUUGUUAUUAAUACAUUAAAAAGGUUCAAUCUUUACCCUGAGGUAGUCUUAGCCAGCUGGUACAGGAUUUAUAUCAAAAUAAUGGACUUGAUUGGUAUUCAAACCAAGAUAUGUUGGACAGUUACCAGAGGAGAAGGACUCAGCCCUAUUGAAAGCUGUGAAGGAUUGGGAGAUCCUGCUUGCUUUUAUGUUGCUGUAAUUUUUAUUUUAAAUGGACUAAUGAUGGCAUUAUUCUUCAUAUAUGGCACAUAUUUAAGCGGCAGUCGAUUAGGAGGCCUGGUUACAGUGUUGUGCUUCUUUUUCAAUCAUGGAGAGUGUACCCGUGUGAUGUGGACACCUCCUCUCCGCGAGAGCUUCUCGUAUCCAUUCCUUGUACUUCAGAUGCUGCUUGUGACUCAUAUUCUCAGGGCUACAAAACUUUACAGAGGAAGCUUGAUUGCACUCUGUAUUUCCAAUGUGUUUUUUAUGCUUCCAUGGCAGUUUGCUCAGUUUGUACUUCUUACUCAGAUUGCAUCAUUAUUUGCAGUAUAUGUUGUGGGAUACAUUGAUAUAUGCAAAUUACGGAAGAUCAUUUAUAUGCACAUGGGUUUACUGGCAAUGAAACCAUGUUUCCUGAAAGUAAAUGUAUCUGAACUUAGUUUAUGGGUUAUUCAAGGAUGUUUUUGGUUAUUUGGAACUGUCAUACUCAAGUAUUUGACAUCUAAAAUCUUUGGCAUUGCAGAUGAUGCUCAUAUUGGCAACUUAUUAACAUCAAAAUUCUUCAGUUACAAGGAUUUUGACACUUUACUGUAUACCUGUGCAGCGGAGUUUGAUUUUAUGGAGAAGGAGACUCCACUGAGGUAUACAAAGACAUUAUUGCUUCCAGUUGUUCUUGUCGUGUUUAUUGCAAUCAUUAGAAAGAUUGUUAGUGACAUGUGGGGUGUCUUAACUAAACAACAAACACAUAUAAGAAAACACCAACUUGAUCAUGGAGAGCUGGUUUAUCAUGCAUUGCAACUGUUAGCAUAUACAGUUCUUGGUGUUUUAAUUAUGAGACUAAAACUCUUUUUGACGCCACACAUGUGCGUUAUGGCUUCCUUGAUCUGCUCAAGACAGCUAUUUGGAUGGCUCUUUUGCAAAGUACAUCCUGGUGCUGUUGUUUUUGCUGUGUUAGCAGCCAUGUCAAUACAAGGUUCAGCAAAUCUGCAAACCCAGUGGAAUAUUGUAGGGGAGUUCAGCAAUUUGCCGCAAGAAGAACUUAUAGAGUGGAUUAAAUAUAGCACUAAACCAGAUGCAGUGUUUGCAGGUGCCAUGCCUACAAUGGCAAGUGUUAAACUCUCCGCACUUCGGCCCAUUGUGAAUCAUCCACAUUACGAAGAUGCAGGUUUGAGAGCCAGAACAAAAAUAGUAUAUUCAAUGUAUAGUCGAAAAGCAGCUGAAGAAGUGAAGCGAGAAUUGAUAAAGUUACAAGUGAAUUACUACGUUCUGGAAGAGUCCUGGUGUAUAAGAAGAUCCAAGCCUGGUUGCAGUAUGCCUGAAAUCUGGGAUGUGGAAGAUCCUGCUAAUGCUGGGAAACCUCCCUUAUGUACCCUCUUAGUAAAGGAGUCCAAGCCUCACUUCACCACUGUAUUCCAGAAUAGUGUUUACAAAGUCUUAGAAGUUAUAGAGGAAUGACCGCUGCCUACAGAGAAGUCCACCAGUAAUGGUUUUCAUGUUUUGCUAAUAGCUCAUGCCUUGUUUUUAAUUCAGAUCCCCAAAACUUUUAUAAGUAACUGUUUUCAAAUGAAAAACAUCUUAUUUGGUCAAUUUGAAUGUCAUUCUGAUUGUAAAAAUACUUAUACGUUUAUCAGUUGGUUACUAUUUCAAUGCAGCCCUUAAAAUUUGCUAUGCAAAUGAGUAUAUGCUUGUACUUGACUUAAAUAUUUGUCCUAAAGUGAGCAAAGCUACCUGUAUAAAAAAUAUGAUGGGUCGUGACAAGGGUGAUAUGAAAAUAUAGUCACUUACGGACUGUUUAGGGGCUCAUUUUACAGUUCGUGGACUAUUGAUGCCACUUGCUUUUUUCUCUGUGUUUUGCUGUUGUCUUUUGAACAUUUCAGCGAUUAUUGUAAGUUCCUCAGUCAAGUCAGCCCCUGUCAUCAACUUCAGUAAGAAUAGAUGGGGCAGACAUGCGUAUUUGCUAUGUAGAACUCUGUUUGUUUCACUUCUUCACAUUCUUUUGUUCUCUGUUGCUCUCGUUAAUGAAGCAUUUCCUGCCUGUUAUUAAUCCAAGCUCUUGGACCUAGUCCUUAAGACCAAAUUCCUGUUAACUACCAACCAUGUGGCAUUAGUGUGUGUGCGUCUGUCUGUCUGUCUCUCUCUUUCUCAAUAUUCUUUGUCAAAUAAGUGCUAUUUACACAUUUAGUUGCUUAGCAAGUACUUAUUCUUGGUUUAAAAAAUUUAAUGACAAUUGUGUAUUUUUAGUAUUCAUUUUUAGUAUUGUUCAAAUGUUUAUAUUUUAAUAACUUUAAACCACUUAAAAUUUUUCAUGUAUAAUUGUAGACUUAAGAAAACUAUUUUGAACAACCACAAAUAUAAUGCAUCUAGAAACUAAUGUAUAUUUGAGUAGACAUAAUUUAUAGUGGAACAGUAGACUGUAGUAUGUGGUAAUUUUUCUUUUACUAUUAAGAUACAAUAAAAUAUGACUAACUUUUUUGUCAGAUAAGUAAAUGAAUAAUGAUAAGUGAAUGGAGUUUUUAUAUUUUACUUUUAAAAUUGCCUGUCUUUAAUAAGACGAAGCCUUAAACCUUAUGUUAUAAUUUUGGUUCCAAAAAGCAUCAUUUCAGUAUGAGGAAUGAGUAUAUUCAGCCUUCCUCUUUGUUUUUUUUCUUUCCUGUUUAUUUUUAUUUGGAAAAUUUUCCAACCUGCUUUAAAUUUCUAGUAUGAAUUUUUGUUUCUUAAAAGUUAAUUUGUGUGAAAUGAGAUUCUUCAAAACAGUGAAUCCUCAUAGUUUUGAGAAAUGGUUUUAAGAUUUAACGUUCUAAGCAAACCAUGACUCUGGUGGACUACACGUUUAAUUACACAGUGUUCUCUUUAUUAACCACAGGUAGAUUAACCUCAUUGUGGAUUGUCCUUGAGACCUGAGUCCUCAGGGAUGGUUUCCGGUGCCCACUCCGGGGAGCCAGUGAAGAGCUGUUCUCUUUCUGCCUUCUCACCAGAGCCCAAGGACAAGCCUGGUCUGGGGGAGGCACUAGCUUGCUUAGAGCAGACAGCUGCCGAGACAGCCUGGGCUGAGGACUGUGCAGCCCCCAGCCUUCCCCAGAGCCCACCUCUCCCAGGGAGCCUCCUUCCAGCGGAGAUUGUCAGUGUCUUCAGGUGCCUGCCCCCUCUUUCUCACUUACCGGGUGACUUAUUUCUUGGUCUUUUGCCAGUCAGAAAACAAGGAAGCAUCUGGGGAGUUGUGGAUUAGGAGUAGAAUUUGAGCAAUGAUGAAGCAAUGCAGAAAAAUGGCAAGUGGGCACUUGAGGUCGAGGAGGAUGAGAGGCACCAUGGGCAGGAAGAGCGGAAGUGUGUGCUCUGCUUUAUUUGCCAUUGUUUCUCUCGUAAAUAUGUUUUAUACAUCCAGCAGUUACAAUUUUUUAAAAAAAAUUUUAUUUUUAAAGUUCUCUAUUCUUCCCACCUUUCAGGAAUUCCUUUCCCAGUAAGUUCACAUGUAAUUAUUUGAAAUUCUAUAUAGGAAAAACAUUAAAAUACUGUUAUAACUGUUUCAUAUGCUGGGAAAAGAUAAAAGUAAUCAAAUUAGUUUUUUUUUUUUUUAUUUUGCCAGAAGACUCCUUUUUUAACAGUAUUUAUUGAUGUAACUCCACCAGCAAACUAUGAGUAUAUUUUAGGCCAGUCAGUUUAGAACAGAGGCCUUGGGCUACACUGCACACUCAGCCUUGGUCACAUCUGGUAGCAGCCGGUGCUGUAGAUUAUUAAUAUCUUUUAUGGCAGCACAGAGUAGUGGUAGGUUUGAUAUACAUGACAAAAUAGUAUUAAAGCUCAGUAUUUUAUGCAUUUUUAGCAUUUAAAAAUAUUUUGCUUUUGUGUGAGGAAGGUUAGGAUGGGCAAGGAAGUGAUAAAAUAGCUAUUGCUAUGACAUUAAAAAAAAACAAAGUUGGGGCAUUAUUUCUAUAAAAAGAUAAGCCUCUAAAAGUGCUUAGCAGAAACAGCGUAGUGUUAAAAUAGAACAAUGAUAUUAAGGAGAAAAUGAAAGGAUGUGUCAGAAAUAAAGUGAUAAUGCAUAGGGGAAUUGUAUUUUUAUGAAUUUUAUGCCAGUUUACAUGUACUAUAUAUGUUAAAUAAAAAAGAUCAUGAAAAAUAUAGAAA